AUGCAAACACUUGUCAGCGACUUGGUUGAAGAUGUUGACUGUGAAUUUGGAAGAGUUGUUGAUCUUGUCAAAAGAGGAUAUCGUUUGAAGAGACAAGAUUGGCUCAAUGGAAGUGUCGACAUUGCCGUUGCUGAAGCUGAAGUGGACGAAAAUAAUUCUGCUCCUGGGACUGAUGCAACUGAUCAAGAAAAGAUUGAAUUCCUCACUAAGAAGGUAGUGUCUCUUGAAGAAAAAGUGAAGUACCUUAAAGGUCUUUUGAAUAUUCGUGGAGAAACAGUGAAGGUAAAUGGACAGAAUACCGAUCAUGAACUUGAUGAAACAGAAGUUUUACAAGAUUAUAUAGAUGCCAAAAGACAGGAAAUCGCUAAGGGAAAGAAGAAUGGUGUAAGACCUCCACGUGAAGUAGACCAUCAAGAUGAAGAUGAUACAGAAGUCGAACACGGGGCUAAAGAAAGUGACACAUCAAAAGUCAAUGAAGAUGGAGAAGUAAAUGAGGAUGCAUCUAAGAAGCCUGUGAAGGGUACAAAGAAACGUGGAAGAGGAACUAAGGGAAUGAAGAAAGGUGUAACAUCCCCACGUGAAGUAGAACAACAAGUAGAAGAUGAUGCAGAAGUGGACGUCGGUGCUAAAGAAAUUGAAAAUCCAGAAACCAAUGAAGAUGGAGAAGUAAAUAAGGAUGCAUCUAAAAAGCCUGUGAAGGGUACAAAGAAACGUGGAAGAGGAACUAAGGGAAUGAAGAAAGGUGUAACAUCCCCACGUGAAGUACAACAACAAGUCGAAGAUGAUGCAGAAGUGGACGUCGGUGCUAAAGAAAUUGAAAAUCUAGAAACCAAUGAAGAUGGAGAAGUAAAUAAGGAUGCAUCUAAAAAGCCCGUGAAGGGUACAAAGAAACGUGGAAGAGGAACUAAGGGAAUGAAGAAAGGUGUAAUAUCCCCACGUGAAGUAGAACAACAAGUAGAAGAUGAUGCAGAAGUGGACGAUGGAGAAGUAAAUAAGGAUGCAUCUAAAAAGCCCGUGAAGAGUACAAAGAAACGUGGAAGAGGAACUAAGGGAAUGAAGAAAGGUGUAACACCCCCACGUGAAGUACAACAACAAGUAGAAGAUGAUGCAGAAGUGGAUGUCGGUGCUAAAGAAAUUGAAAAUCCAGAAACCAAUGAAGGAAUGAAGAAAGGUGUAACACCACCACGUGAAGUACAACAACAAGUAAAAGAUGAUGCAGAAGUCGAUGCUAAAGAAAGUGAAAAUCCAAAAACCAAUGAAGAUGGAGAAGUGAAUGAGGAUGCAUCUAAAAAGCACGUGAAGUUUACAAAAAAACGUGGAAGAGUAACUAAGGAACCUAACGUUGACACCUCCAAAUCAAAAAGACAAAAGAAACAAGAAGAUUCAGCUGCUGAUGCGAUAGGGUGUGUAUUGGAAGAUCUGAAAAAAGCCGAUUAG